AAGGAGCUGCUCUCCUCGAAAACAUGUCGCCCAUGAAGUUGUGUGUUCCAGGUGACAAGCUCUGCAGUGAAGAAGACUGCUUUCCAGGUGCUGGAGUAUAUCGGCGACACGGCUACAUAUACUCGGCGCUCGCGGGCUACGUGCUCAAGAAAAAUGAGGGCGAGAAGCUUCCAGUGAUCUCCGUGGUGAGGGAAACAGAAGCACAACUACUCCCAGAUGUUGGAGCCAUAGUCACCUGUAAGGUGACCAGCAUCAACCCCAGGUUUGCCAAAGUCCAAAUCCUUUAUGUCGGCUCCACGCCACUGAAAGACCGCUUCAGAGGGACGAUCAGAAAAGAGGACGUGCGAGCAACAGAGAAGGAUAAGGUGGAGAUAUACAAAAGCUUCAGACCUGGUGACAUAGUCUUGGCAAAAGUGAUUUCUCUCGGGGACAUUCAGUCGAACUACUUGUUGACGACGUCCGAGAAUGAGCUGGGGGUGGUGGUGGCACACAGUGAAGCAGGUGCCCAGAUGAUUCCCAUCAGCUGGUGUGAGAUGCAGUGUCCGUGGACACAGGCCAAGGAGUUCAGGAAAGUGGCGCGCGUGCAACCCGAGUAUCUGCAGGCAUGAGAGCCUAGAAAGUCUUCUCCACACCACUUGGAACACACAACUUCUUCCUUCAUCAAGACCCCCGCGCCCUCAGCCGUAGUGUCUGGGUGACAUGUAAUCCAUUGGCUACUCCUGAUUUGAUGCGUUGUCUGUAAAUAGCUGCUCCGCUGCACAUUUUGUCACCGUUUCAUUGUGCUCGGUUGAACAGAGAUGAGCUGUAAAUGCUUUUAGGUUCUUAAAAAUGAGUUUAUAUUUUUUUGCUAACAGAAGUCCUAAGAGCAUGUGAGGUAAGUUUCCAUUGAAGUCCGUGACUAAUUAAAGCAGAAAAGCUGCAGAAAGAGAACUGCACGUUUCUGUCAACGUCCCGCUGAUGAUAAAGACGUUUAUUUUCUUCUCAACAGAGCAGUAUUAGAAAGCCCAUUGCUAAAUCCGACGUUUGAUGCAGCUGCUUUGUAAGGAGUAUUGAAGUACAUGUGAUGGUCAAAUUCUUGCUUUCCUGCACAUAACUGACUGUUUUUGAGCCAACAGUAGGCAAGCUGUAAGUUUCAUGUUUAUCAUAAUGAAGCUAAUAUUUUCUUAUUCUUAAUAAGUGCAGGAAUGAAAAUAAAAGA